AUGAUCGACGAAGACGUACUUUCUGACCCUUUCUUUACUCAUAAUGCUGAAAUCGACCUCGAUCUGGAGAUUCCUGUCGGACUUCCCCCUCUUUACAACGAUGAUCUUGACGCCUUCCAAUUUCGUGACAUCUUCCGUGGCGAUUCCGAAACUGAUUUGGAUGACUUCUUCACCGAUUUAUUCAGUACACCGUCGUUCCCUCGCGCGAGCACCAGCGAUAUACCUACCGCUACUGCACCGCCGCUUCAGCAGCUGACCAGCAACUUCUAUACUGACGCUGAUGUUCUGCAGUGCUAUUAUCGUUCGUUGCACCCAGUCUUUCCCAUCCUACCUCCUCCCACCGAGGAAAUGAUGCAGGAGCGUCCCAGGACUUCGGCAUACACCGCCAGCUAUGAACCCGCUUCGCCCUUAAUUCUGGCUCUAUUAUCCGUCCUAACUCACCUGCCUCAUCAGGGCCAUAAUAGCACAUUGGCUGAGGGCGCACAAAUUAUCGAUAAUUAUAGCAGCAAUUACUUUGCUCGCCAAGCUAUGGAUGCAAUACAAGCCCAAUCAACUUCAAAUGGGCCGCACAUACGCAACACAGCAACGGAGUAUCACCGAAAUGUGCCCAAAGACCUCGAAGUCCUGUUAGCAUGCUGUGUGAUGAGUCUUUAUCACUACCUCUGCCGAGGGGACAUUGACGAGAUGACUUUUCUUGCCCAGGGAGCAUUCGAACGCAUGAAAGAUUUCAGUCCUCGCUUCACCAUGCCAAAUAUGGAUGCCCGAUUUGCAGAGGCUUUCCAGAGAGCGUGGUGGAUGACAUACCUGAGCAUAUGCAACGCAUCAAUACUAAGUUGCAGACCGCCCAUGGAGACCAUUGAUAUCAACAAAGUUGCCAUCCCGUACCCCAGAAUAGACAACGACUCAAAGGCAUGGGAACAGAUCGCACGCGCCGAGGAGACACUGGUUGCAGGGACUCUGCUUCUCGUUGCUCUGGUUAAAGGCUUCAAGUCUACGGCUGCCAUACCUUCCUUCUACCAAAACAUUCGUCUCUUAGACGACGUGAUUCGACACCAGCUCAGCAAGAUUUCUGCGGAGAAGAUGGACGGUGUAUUCCGUGAGCGAUCUCCUGAAUCGCAUCUUGAAAUUACAUUUCGCACGACGGCCCGAAUUAGACUGCUCAGUGCCCGUAUCAAGCUGCAUAGGUAUCGCGCUUUGAUGAAUCAUCCGCGCAUCUUGAAGCGGUUUGAAGCAACCCCUCCGUUGCGCAGCAUUGGCAGCCAUGGUGUUGAUAAUAUGGGCUCUGAAAGCAUACGCAAGAUCCAAAAGUCGAUGGAAAUGUUCCCGCUCACUGCCCAGGAGUCUGGAGCUAUCUGUUUGGAAUCUGCCAUGGGUAUCUCUGAUGAACUUGAACGUCUAGUGGCUUUGGGAAUCCCAAUCGCGCCUUGCUUCUGUUCUGCCUUGCUUGCAGGGUAUACUCUUCUGAUGUUCUACCACUUCGAAGAGUUCCCUUCCCGGGCGAAUGGCUGUUCCGCUGUGGAUGAGGAGAUUCAAAAGGGGUGUGAGGUAGGUAUCCGCAGCACCGUCCGGGUGCUUGAAACCUUUUCAGCUGGGUUUUCCUACGUCAUAGCCGUCAAAGAUCAACUUAAAAUAGCUGCCACAGCAUGUGACAUCGCUGUCUAA